GAUUCGUUCGAUGUAAUUUCAUAAUUGUAUGUAGUUCAAUAAAUAAAGUAUUUAUUUUCAGUUAGUAAAACGGUAGACAUAUUAAUGUUUUGUCGGUAAGAUAGAUGGCACUGUUCCAAAGUUUUGUUUUGUUAGAAAGGGAAGGCGCAGCAUAUUCGCAGAGCCAAACAAACGAAGUACGAACAGUUCCGGCUCAGUGCCGUGAUUCCCUCCUCGUGGAAGGUGGUCCGGUGUCGCAACUAUUGACACAAUCUUACGCCGCGCGUGAACCAAAAUAAAUAUCCCAUCUGUUUAAAUAUUGUGCAAGUUUUUUAUUGUUUCCCUGAAAACAAACGUAAAGGAUGUGUGUGUUCCACGACCCGCCAUAUGGUCUAGUACCGCAAACAUCCUAAGUUGGUUUCUUAUUAUUUUCGUGUACGUAAAGUGGCCGAGUGAUUUUGUUUUCGUAUAGUGUUGUGAAUGGAUUUAUACAACGCGAUUAUGAAGGCGGACGCUUCGUAAAAUCACAAUAACUAAUAUGGUGGGAUGACGAGUAAGCGAUGCUGCUGCAGCAGUCGUCGCCGGGUCCCAGCGGCGCGGCCAGUCCCAAGCUAGUUCCCAGCCCGCGUCCCAACGUAAGCCCACGGCUCACCGGCAGCCCCAGCCUGAGUGAUGGCGCUUCCAGCUCCAAUAGUCCCAAACUGGGCACCAACAGUCCCAGUUUGGGCAAUAACAGCCCUAAACUGGGCACAAACAGCCCUAGCUUCGGCACAAACAGUCCGAACUUGGGCGCCAGUCCGAAGUACGGCAGCCCGAGGAUUGGAGGGUCUCCUCGGCCUGGGAGAACCGCUGUGGAAGACGAGGCGGCGCUGGAGCGGCUGCAGACUGAACUGAAGGAAGGAUGGACGGUGCACACGGGGAGAGAUGGCAGACUGUAUUAUUGCAAUCACAUCACGCGCACGGCGAGCUGGUUGCCGCCGGCGGAGAGCUGGCCAGUGGGGAAGGAUGCCCAGGAGCAGGAGGAGGAAGAGCUGCCUUAUGGAUGGGAGCAGGCGCUGGAUAGCCGCGAAAAGCCAUAUUAUAUCAACCAUAUCAACAAAACUACAACAUACGUGGCGCCCGAAGGGUGUUCGUGCGAGUCGCCACCAGCGCCUCGGGACGUGGUGCUGGAGAGAGACCCCGAGCUCGGCUUCGGCUUCGUGGCUGGCUCCGAGAAGCCUGUCCUCGUCAGAUUCGUUACUGACAACUCGCCUAGUGUGGGGAAGUUGGAGCCAGGCGAUCAGAUCCUUUGCGUAAACGGAGAAGACGUGAGCCUCGCUGCCCGUGAGCAUGUGAUAUCGGCAGUACGCGCGUGUAACGAACGCGUGACGCUGCGAGUCUGCCAGCCCGCCAGGAGCGGCAACCCUGCCAGGCGGUCCGCCAUGCUGUCCGCCGCCAAACGAGCUCGGUUGCGCGCCAGGCCACCCAGGGUGCGGUUUGCUGAUUCUGUGCAGUUGAAUGGUGCGCCUAUGUACCCGCCAUCAGCAUUCUCCCUAGGCGAUCUUUGCUUACCUCCAAUGGCGAACGUGCUCAAAGUUUUCCUUGAGAACGGUCAAACCAAAUCCUUCAAAUACGAUACCACCACGACCGUAACAGACGUGGUGACCAGCCUCAAGGAUAAGCUGUGCAUCACCGCCGAAGAGCAUUUUAGCUUGGUGGUGGAACAUGUGAAGAGUUUGAGGAGGAAUAAACUGACGCUUUUGGACCCUAAGGAAUCUUUGGCUAGGAUCGCGGCGCGUCCCGGCUCGCACAAAAUGCGCUGUCUCUACCGCGUGGUCUUCAUGCCGACGUCAGCUGCUGAACUGGCGCAGCGGGACCUGGCCGCCCUGGACUACUUAUACCUGCAGUGCUGUAACGACGUCGCCCAGGAGCGGUUCGCGCCGGAGUUACAGCCUGAGGUCGCCCUCAGGCUCGCGGCUCUGCAUAUGCACCAACACGCCCUCGCUAACAAUCUCUCGCCUGCCAAGUUGACUGUUAAGGCUGUCGAGAGAGAGUUUGGCCUGGAGCGGUUCGUGCCGAGCGGGCUGCUGGAGAGCAUGAAGCGCAAGGAGCUGCGGCGCCUCGUCGCGCACUUCCUCAAGCUCAACUCGCAGAUGACCGGCAGCCAGCGGCAGCUCACGCAGUUACAAGCGAAGCUGCACUACCUGGACAUCGUGUCUGGGCUGCCGAGCUACGGCGCCAAGUGCUUCAGCAGCAGCCGGCCCGAGCGCGUGCUGCUCGUGUCGCCGCGCUUCGGGCUCAGUCAGAUCGUCGGACGCGGCGGCUCUGUGCCUCAAGCAAUCGCCUCUCUGGAAGAAGUGGAAGGCAUCAGAGUCAAACGCGAGUGUGCCGCCAGCGCGGACGUGGCUAUUUUCCUACAGAGGGACAGGGUCCUCGCCCUCUUAAUGGAUGAGAGGGAUGCGGCAGAGAUGCCCCUUGUUAUUGCUGGAUAUUACCGUCUAGCGACCGGUCGAGAUCUUAAUGUUGAGUUAGAACGGGAACCGAUGACAGAGGAUAUAGCCCCACCAUACCUGUCACAACACAACGUGGUGCCGGCAAAAUGGAGCUAUCUGCAUUACGACGAUCCCAACGUUUUAUCUAAAAAGCAUUACGCGAUCUUCAGCAUGCCGCCGCCAUACCACUCCACGCCGGACCAGAGCAAAUCUAAUUUGGAUUCCAACAUGAACAGUAACAUCACAAACAAAAAUAGCAACAACUCCAGUCCUCUCACUGGAUACGAAUCCAAGAGUGGUCUCCUCGGACAUGACGUCCACUUCGAGAAAUGCAAGAGAAGCGAUGACUUCAGACUUUUCGAUCCAAACGAUGCAUGCUAUCUGGACGAUGGCAUGGGCUUUGAUCUUCAAAGCGUUUUGUCUAUGGAAUUAUUGGAGAACGCGAGCAAUAAUCCGAGGUUAGUUGAAGCGAAGAACGAAGCAGUGUUGAGGCGAGUGGCAGAGAUGCAGAAGUUAGUCGAAAAUUCUGAGCAAUAUUUGACUGAGCACUGUGAUGUUUAUGGCGAAGAUAUAUACCGCGAUGGCAUGAUUAGAGACGAAUUUGUUGGUAAAGAAACUAGUGUUGAUCACGUUGAAAGCGACACUGAAUCCAAUAAUAGUAGAAUGUCAUCUGCUGACGAUGCGCCUGGCAUACUUAAACAUAGCGAUUCACUGUUACUUCUAACAGAAACUAUAAACCAAGGUCUUAAUGGCUUGAAUGUACAAGAGACUCCCAAGGAAACUAAUAAUGUUGCUUUAACAACACGACAGUCGCAAGGUCUUAGUGCUAUUUUGAAUAAUUGCGGACUAACUGAUGCUCUAUUAGCUUUGAAUAAUGAUCUUUGCCACUCAGAAAGCGAUAAUGAUUCUUUGUAUACACCAACAAAUAGUCCAAUACGUAGACAUCAAAAUAAAACCACGAAUAAAGCAGUACGAACCAGUUUUGGCCUUCAUAGUCCCGACAAUACUCAGGAUACGAAAGAACCCAAUCUAAAAGAAUAUUUAAAACAGCUCCGAGAAAAGAGUAACAAAGAAGAAACUGCUGCGGCAGAAUAUCCUUUCUAUUACCAAGAGAGCUUAGUUGAUAAUGACGUCGAGCUUAUAGAUUUAACACUUAUCCCUCCUCCACAAACGCCAGAUGAAUUAGACAGUGCCACACAAGUGCCUCAAAUUCUACCAGUUGUUCCCCCUUCCUUUGCUGAUAAGGAAGGCUCGCAGGAAACCCUGACAGGGGCACCGAAAACAGAACUAGAAGAAUUUAUAGCUAAUGUUACUAUACAACCACCAACGGUGAAAGUCACUCCUGCAAUCGAGUUAACACCCGAAGAAAUAAUGUCAUACAUCAUUCCACCACCCCCGGGCUCAAAUGCUUCCACAUUAGAUAGAGAUCAAGUAAGCUAUGUAAAUCAAACACAAAUAUUAGAAGCUAGGCAAAAUGCAAUUGAAAAUAUAAAGCCUUCAAACGGUGAUGUAGUAAAAGGGCAGCUAAGCGUUAGUGAAAUUAGAAAUAUGUUCGCAGCAAAGACUUUGAGUGAAGCGAGGAAUAGUUUGUUACUUAAAGAUAAGAACAAGACUUCUUCGCAAACUAAAUCUGAUUCUCCUAAGGGCAAAAGAAAAAGUAUAUCGGGGGAUAAACAAUCUAAUGGAAACGCGCAUGUGAUUGAAUAUCCAACCGUAGAACGGAAAGGAAUGUUCUCGUGUUGUAGCAAAGAUAAAAAUAAAAACGAUGAAAAUAAUGAAGAAACUGAAAAAGUCGAAACUCAGAUACAAAAUUCAGACUCUAUGCCAGACGUUUGUGAAAUAAGACCGCCGCCCAGAAGAAAAAACUCUGAUGUCAAGAAACCGCCGGAAAGACCUCCUAAAACGCCACCUACGCCUGCGCCGAGACCUCGAUCCAACUCUUUCACCUGCCUCAACAACGAGCUAACCGCAGUAGAGAUCAGGAGUAACCACUUUAGUACCCUGAACAAUAGGAAAUUGAACUACAAAGUAAUUUGCGACAUUAAUGAGCAAGCGAUGCAAGCGCCACAACUCCCUCCAAGACUAGAAAAUAAAGUCCUCUCUCCACCACCGCCUCUAUUGCUACCCCCCAAGAAACCACCACUACCUCCGGUACCAAGCAUCGAGGUUCUUCGGAUGAAGAACUCUCAGAAACAAUCACCGAUUAGGAAUCCGGAACAGCGGUUGGCAAGCAUCGGUUCUCCUCACUUCCAGCGUAACUUAAACACAUAUAGAAAUCUAGAAAAUGAGAACCGAGUGGACGAAGAAAUACUGAUCAGAUCAACCCCAAAUUACAGCUCAAUGACGCUGCAAAACCGUCACGUAAGGUCUAACUCGGAAACAAAAAACACCAUACUGAAAAACAAGGAGAUGUCAACAGCUCUAUCUCUGUGCUCUCCUCAGAUGAACAGGAGAUUUAGCAACCGACCUGACCUCCUAAACGGUGCUCCAUGCGACCAGAAAGUGUUCAGUCCACCGCCUGAUCGUAAAUCUUUCACAGCCAGUCCUACUCCGAAGGUGAACCACGUGCGGUUUAAAGAUGACGUAGUAGACGAUAUCCCUACCCCGCCGUCACCGCCUACUGUGAAGUUCCCGGAGUUCCAGGCCGGGAACAACGGGCACGUGUCGAUAGAGAACUUGCUGUGCAAGACAGAAGUGGCGGUGGACGGGCUAUUGCAACGCUUGCACCAGGUGGCGCAGAAGUGCUCACAUCAGCACGCGCACGGCGGUGGAGAGGAUAUUGACGAGAUAAAAUUCCAGCGUGCCCGCAGCGAGCUGACGUCGUGCGCGGUGUCGCUGGUGGGCGCGUCGCGUGCGUUGGUGGGUGCGCUGGGGGGCUCGGCUGCCGGACCCCCCUCUGGACCCCCCGCCGCACCACCCGCGGCGGCGCUCGCUGACUGCCUCACGCCGCUCAGAAGACUGUCCGACCUAGCACAGGCUCUCGGUCGGCACACGUCAUCUCCACUCCAAACCAGAAACUUGGUCCUGAGAGUGCACGACGUGACAGCGGCUUUCAAAGAACUAGCCGGUGCUGAAAUGGCUCAAAUCAUUCACGAGCACAACGCGAAGAAGACACAAGGCCAGGGUCAGGACACCAGCUCCACGCUGGAGGGUCAACUGGCGCUGCGAGCCGAGUGCCUCGCCAACGUGCUGGCAACGCUUCUCAGAAGCUUAAGGGUAUUUUCUCCAUAAUUUAGCGCGUAAAA